CAGCUGACUAACCGCCACUCCCAUCUCAUGAAUAUUUAGUGAGAGGCUUGGGCUGUGUUCGUUUUUUGACAGGUAGCCGUAAACGGAAGCGGAAAUUUCCGCUGGGAUCUAGAAAAGCCUAUCUUCUCUCCCGUUCAUUCUCCCAUAAGGUCAUAAAGGUACCAUAGGGAAAGCUCAUGGACUGAAGUGCCUGUCAGCGAUUUGAGAAACUUAGUCAACAGUCAUUCCUACAUCCUUUAUUUAGCAGGUCUAGGACCAAAGCGCCAUCAUGACUCACUCAAUGCUGCGACGACAACUGAAAAAUCUGGUUCAGAAUUUCUCUGAGGCAGAGGUCAAGGUUCGAGAAGCGACUUCUAAUGACCCCUGGGGGCCAUCGAGCUCCCAGAUGGCUGACAUCUCGGAUCUAACCUACAAUGUGGUGGCCUGUAAUGAGAUUGUGGGCAUGCUCUGGAAGCGUCUCAAUGAUGACAAGAAUUGGAGGCACGUGUACAAGUCUUUAACUCUUCUUGAAUAUCUGUUGAAAACGGGCUCUGACCGCAUCCCUCAACAGUGUGUGGAGAACAUUCACAUUAUCAAAGCUCUAACAGAAUACCGCUUCACAGACAAGGAUGGAAAGGACCAGGGGGUGAAUGUGAGAGAAAAGACUAAGAUAGUAUUGGUGCUGAUUGAGGAUGAGGAAAAGCGGAAAGAGGAGAGAGAUUUUGCUAUGAAGACAAAAGACAAGCUGACAAAGGCUCCCAAUGCAUCCUCCGCUACAGGACCAGAAAAAGAAAAGCCAGAGAUCCCGCCAUAUACAGGGCUGCCCUCCCUGGACAACAUCCCGUCAGUGGCUGACCUGACCGCCGCUAUGGCCAAGAAGAAGGAGGAGCAGAAACGUCUGGAGGCCGAGAGGAAAGAGGCAGAGAGACGGGCAAAGGAGGGUGACACAGAGCCAGAUCUUUGGGAAAAAGCAGCGACAGCAGCGCCUCCGUCCAGCUCGGACCCCUGGGGAGCCCCAUCUGACGCAUCCAACGAAUCUGCCCCUGCUACCAACGACCCGUGGGGGGCACCGUCUGACGAGGCGAAGGAAUCCAGUCAAGCUACCAACGAUCCUUGGGGUGGAUCUGCUGAUGGGACAAAUGGAUCCGCACCUGCAUCCAGUGAUCCAUGGGGAGAAUCUGCAAGUACCAAGAAUGAUUCUCCAUCUGCUUCCAGUGAUCCUUGGGGAAGAUCUACGAAUGCAGAGAAAAGUUCUCCACCUGCUGCCAGUGACCUAUGGGGCGACUCUGCUGGAUUUACAGAGGAUAAAGCCCCGUCAACAAACGAUCCUUGGGGGGCUCCAUCCGAAAUGAUGAAAGACUCUGACGCAGCAGUGUCAGAUCCUUGGGGGGCACCUGCGGAUAGUGUGCAGGAUUCAGCACCUGCAGCCUCUGACCCCUGGGGGGCGCCGUUAGAAGCAUCAUCAGAUACUUCUGAUCCGUUUGGUGAUGGUUCAAAAGCUGUUAAUGACCCUUGGGCCACAGCAGCAUCUUCACCCCCUACUGCAAAUGACCCCUGGGGUGCCCCAUCAGCUCCAACUGAUGACCCAUUCGGUGAUGGAGGCAGAUCAGAUCCUUGGGGUGGUUCCUCUGAGAACGGUAACACUGCUACAAAACCUGCUGAUGAGACCAAAAAGCCAGCGUCGUUCCUUGGAGAAGGUGCUUCAUUGGUGGACUUGGACUCUCUUAUGUCAGUCAAGCCCAAACCUAAACAGCCCCCUCUCAACACCAUCCCCAUCCAAAAAGCCCCGGGAGUUUUGCCAGCCGCAGGCAUGACCUGGCCAUUGGGUGCCAACGUAUCCAAUGCAAGUGGUUCAGCUGCACAGCCUUCAAACCCAAAUUAUUUUGGUUUUAACUCCUUGUCACCCUGUUCCAGUGGCCUGUCCCCCCUAAACACAGCCUUCGGGGUGCCUGCAGCCCAUAUGGCAUCUCCAACCCAUAAUUCAAGCCUUUCAGCUUUGACAGUGUCCAACAUGGGAUUUUCCAUGGCUAGCACUAGAAUGCUACAACCCAGCACUGCAGGCACUCUUAUUGGUGAGUUAUCUCCUAUGUCCCUCACAGGAACGGCUACCCAACAAGUUUCAGUUCUUCAGCAACCUCCAUUGGUUUGGGGCACUGGAACUGAGGCGGCUGGAAAAGGCAAUAGCAUUUUUUGAGUUCUCCAUUCAGCAUCCAUUGAUCCCUAGCCUUCUCCUAACCCCAUCCACUUCAUCAAUCCUAGCUGAUUAUGUGUGUGUAUAAGUGUGUGCAAAUAUUUAAAUAUUAAUGAGCAACAAUAUACUGUAAGUAUAUAAAACAAUAUACUUUAUGUUUUGGGGAAAAAAGCAUGCAUACCCGUCUUUUCCAAUAUCAUGAAAUUGAAGCAGGUGAUGUUUUAGAAUCCAUAAAGGUGUCAUUUUUAAAGGUUUUAGGAAAGCUGUCAUAUCUACUGGAGCAGAUUGUGGAUAUACACUGCUGUUCGAAAGAUUGGGGUCAGUAUGUAUAUUAUACUUUUGUUCAGCAAGGAUGCAUUUAAUUGAUCAAAAGUGACAAUAAAGACUUUUACAUUGAUACAAAAGAUUCCUUCAAAUAAAUAUUAAUAAAAUACUCUAUUUCGUUUAAAAUGAAUGUUGUACUUUUCUUUCUGUUCAAACAAAAAUAUUAAGCAGCACAGCUGUUUUCAACAUUGAUAUUAAGAAUAAAUAUUAAUAUUUCUUUUUACUUAAAAAAAAAAAAAUUAAUUAAAUAAAUGCAGCCUUGGUGAGCAUAAGAGACAAAAACAUUAAAAUAUCUCACUGUCCCCAAACAGAUCUUUAAGCAGUAGUGUAUACUUCUCUGAUAACAUAUCUGGAAAAACAUCCAGCUUGCUUUAAAGAGUGAACAAUCAGACGUUUAUUCCCAAACCUACCUGAGGAAGGAAGAUGCCACCUAUCCAAGGAAGCCGCCAAAUAAGAGACACAGAUGUACUUUGGCAUUUAAUUUGUAUAACCAGCAAUGAAUAUAUUUGUUUUUGUUGUUGUUGUUGUUUUAUUUGCUUUUUAAUGCAUCACUGUUCGUAAAAGUUUCCGUAAGCAUUUUUCUGCAUGACACACAGAAUUAUGCAUAUUGGAAAAUCCAAAUGUGGCUUGUAGUGAUUAAUAUGAUAAGAGACAUUCCAGACAUAAACAUUUUUAAUGCAUUAGUUGGUUAUGUAAUAUGAAGAGGUAUGGGAUGUAUCAAAAAUUUGACGCUCCUAAUACUUGACAAGCACAUUGCUUUUUACUUACUUGCUUAUUUAUUGAUUGAUUGAUUGAUUGUUUUUACAUGUUUGAAUAUGUUGUUUGGCUUAAAACGGGUCUAUUCUAUGGUAAAUAUCAAAACAAAUCUGCUGAAGGCAGCAAGUGAUGAUCGUGCACAAUGUUUGUUGUCAAUUGUUUACUGCAGUAAAUUAACAAAUGGUGAAGAGAAGGAUAAAUCCUUUAAAUACUGACCUAAGAUGAAAAAUGGUUUAUUAGGAUGCAUAUUUUUCAGACAUUUAUUUUUUAUUAGUGUAGUAUUUAUUUAUUUAUUUAUUUCAGACUGUUGUUUUGGUCCUGAUAUUUAUGCCAUUCUGUUAGAAUUCUACUGCUAUUCUGUCAGUGAAGGUGGUAUUGGAAGAUAAGCAAAAUCAUCAUAAUAAGAAUUCAGAAAUGGAUGAAGAAAGCAUACUUUUCCAUACUGACUAUAAUUAUAGGUUCAGUUACAUUUUUAUUUUUUAUUACGAAUAUAUUUAUUUAUUUAAUCAGCUAUGGUAGGCCUGUGGUGUUACCUGUGAAAGUGCACAAUUCAAGAAUAAAGUGACAAGAUCAUUGAAAAGUG